UGUUGUUUGUAUUCGGAAGUACAAUUUACAAUAGAAGAAGUUUACAGUGUAAGAAACGAAACAAACCAGACACUGCUCAAUAGUUAUGCUUUCCUCUUGAAUUUAUAUCCAGUUGGCAACAUUAUUAAACACAAGUUAAAAAAGUCAUGCUUUUUAGUCAUUGUGUAAACACUACUAUAAACUGAGCGACAAAUAGAAUAGAAAAACUGCAGUGUUAGCCUGAGUUAGCCGCUGCUAGCUGGACUGGGAGCCGCUUUCCAGCCUCAGCAUGUCGGUCCACUUCGACGAAAGAAGCGGCGUCGUCCCUUGUAAAACACCAUGGGGCUCCUGGUACCAGACCAUGGAAGAAGUCUUCAUUGAAGUCAAUGUUCCGAAGGGAACCUCAGCCAAGGAGGUCAGGUGUCAGCUGGGGUCUAGAGACAUCGAGCUGAAAGUCGGAGGACAGGAAAUAUUUAAGGGGAAGUUAUUUGGCACCACUGUGUCUGACGAGGCCACAUGGACACUAGAGGACAAAUGUCUCAUCCAAAUUAUUCUAAUGAAAACAAACAGAGAGGCAGGAAACUGCUGGUCCUCUCUGCUGGAGGGAGAGUACGGGGCCAACGCCUGGGUCCAGGACCAAAUGCAAAGAAAGCUCACACUAGAGAGGUUCCAGCGAGAGAAUCCUGGGUUUGAUUUCAGCGGUGCAGAGAUCUCUGGGAAUUUUCAGGGUGGUGGUCCUGAUUUUUCCAGCCUACAGAAGUGAGCACUGGCAUCGUCAGACAUCACCUGCAUCUAAUGAACACUGCUGACAUCUAUAGAGACAAGACUGUCAGGCCGACAAAGCCAGCACCAGAACUCUAAAGGAUGGAGACUAGACAUGUUCCAUCAGGACCCUGUAAAGAACGUGUAAUAAAACUCUUUAGAAUAUG